UUUUUGAUAAAACAUACAGUCAAAUGAAAUGUAGGAAAAGAUUGUAUUACAAAAACUACGCUAGCCAGUUCUUUUGGAUGAGAUGGAAAAGAACAGGACUGCAGUCUUAGAKCUUGCGAAGCAAGAGGGGAACAACAAGUGUGCCGAUUGUGGGGCGAAAAAUCCAGAAUGGGCCUCGUCGACCAAGGGUAUCUUUAUAUGUAUCACUUGCAGUGGAGUUCACAGAAACCUCGGUGCACAAAUGUCAGUUGUAAAGUCUCUUCGUUUGGAUACAUGGACCGACGAGAAGUUCCAGUGCAUGGUAGAAAAUGGAAACAUCAAAGCAAAUUCAUAUUGGGCUAAGAAUGUACCAGUCUGGUAUCGGAAAGCCACAUUUACAGAUCCACAUGUUUUACGAGAACAGUGGAUACGAGCAAAGUAUGAGAGAAAAGAAUUCAUAGAUGGAGCAGAAGUACCAAGAUAUGGACUGUCAYCAGAUGGCGUCAAAGUAGGCAAACUUAAAAAGAAAAUGAAAGAUGGAAACAGUUGGAAUGAAAGGCUAUUUAUUUUAUCACAAAAAGAUAAUUCACUGGCUUACUUUAUCAAGGAAACAGAUGCUCACCCAAAAGAAGUCUURAAAGUAACAGAACUUAAUGUGGUAUUUGGUGARGAAAAAACUAACAAGCAGUACAGCUUGCAAAUCACAACACUUCACAAUGGUCAAACAAGGAAUUAUUUUGUCUAUUCAGACUCAGGAAAUGAAAUAGUUAAUUGGUACAUGGCCAUUAGAUCCGUCAARUUUCACCUACUUGGRCUCAACAAGCCUGGUGUUACACCAGAAGAGAUCAAUGACUUGCUAUCUCGAGAUUUCACWAUAGAAGGAUUUCUUAAGAAGACUGGACCAAGGGAACGGGAACCCUGGAAUAAGCGAUGGUUCACAUUGGAUAACAGACGACUUCUAUACUUUGAUAAACCAAUGGAUGCUUUUGCAAAGGGAGAGAUAUUCGUUGGAUCUUUAGCUGAUGGUUUUAAAGUUUAUGAGGGAAUUACAACAGGCCAYAAAGUAGAAGGACAUUGUUUCACCCUCGCUACCCCACAGCGAAAUUAUAACCUGAGUGCCGACACUGAAAAUGAGAGGGAUAUGUGGAUGAGAGCGCUGAAUGAUGUCAUGUCACAACCUUUGACAGCAAAGGAAAAGGAAGCUAUGAMUGAGACACUGGAAGCAAACCAAACAAAGCGAAGAUCAUUCAUCUAUAAACCAAGAGCUAAAUCGCUUGACGGAUGAACCCAAUCAUAUUUUUCUUUUUCUUUUUUGACAUAUAGUGAAAGAACUUAAAGGCUGAUUUACACGGCACGAUUGUCUCGUGCGAU